UCGGGCCGGCUUUUUGUUUUGCGUUGCCGAGCAACAAAAUAUCAAAAGUUCAGUUAAUUUGUUGAAUUCUUCCAAACAAAUCGAAGCGACUGUCGACAAAAAACUAAUUUUCCCCCGAAAGUGAAUUUUAAAAUCCUAAAUCAUGGGAGAAACUGAAAAAAUUGAGGUGCGCGACAUAACACGCAUCGAGCGCAUUGGCGCCCAUUCGCAUAUACGCGGCCUUGGGCUGGAUGAUGUUCUGGAGGCACGUGCUGUAUCCCAGGGCAUGGUGGGUCAGAAGGAUGCACGACGUGCCGCCGGAGUUGUAGUUCAAAUGGUGCGCGAGGGAAAAAUCGCUGGACGCUGUAUUUUACUUGCAGGCGAGCCCAGUACCGGUAAGACAGCUAUUGCAGUGGGCAUGGCUCAGGCAUUGGGCACUGAAACACCAUUUACAAGCAUGUCUGGAUCGGAGAUUUACUCUCUGGAGAUGAGCAAAACAGAGGCGCUAUCGCAAGCACUACGCAAAAGCAUCGGUGUGCGUAUCAAGGAAGAAACAGAGAUUAUAGAGGGCGAAGUGGUCGAAAUUCAAAUUGAACGCCCCGCAACGGGCACCGGACAAAAGGUGGGCAAAGUCACACUUAAAACGACCGAAAUGGAAACCAACUACGAUCUGGGCAACAAAAUCAUUGAAUGUUUCAUGAAAGAGAAGAUUCAGGCCGGCGAUGUCAUAACCAUAGACAAAGCCUCUGGCAAAGUGAACAAGCUGGGUCGCAGCUUUACACGCGCUCGCGACUACGAUGCCACUGGAGCACAGACACGCUUUGUGCAGUGUCCCGAGGGGGAACUGCAGAAGCGCAAGGAAGUGGUGCACACAGUUACGCUCCACGAGAUCGAUGUGAUCAACAGUCGCACUCAUGGCUUUUUGGCUCUGUUUUCGGGAGAUACUGGCGAAAUCAAGCAGGAGGUACGUGAUCAGAUCAAUAACAAGGUACUGGAGUGGCGUGAGGAGGGCAAAGCCGAAAUUAAUCCAGGCGUCCUGUUCAUUGACGAAGUGCACAUGCUGGACAUAGAGUGCUUCUCAUAUCUCAAUCGCGCCCUAGAGUCGGAUAUGGCACCAGUCGUAGUUAUGGCCACCAAUCGUGGAAUAACUCGAAUUCGCGGCACCAAUUACCGCAGUCCACAUGGCAUACCCAUCGAUCUGCUGGAUCGCAUGAUCAUCAUACGCACCGUUGCAUACACUGAAAAGGAGGUAAAGGAGAUACUCAAGAUACGCUGCGAAGAGGAGGACUGCAUCAUGCAUCCCGAUGCUCUGACCAUUCUAACACGCAUCGCCACCGAUACAAGUCUGCGCUAUGCCAUACAAUUGAUAACCACGGCCAAUUUAGUUUGUCGUCGUCGCAAGGCAACCGAAGUGAACACGGAGGACGUUAAAAAGGUUUACUCUCUAUUUCUGGAUGAGAAUCGCUCGAGUAAAAUACUAAAGGAGUAUCAGGAUGAUUACAUGUUUAGCGAGAUCAGUGAGCAUGAGGAGGAAGCCGCAGCUGUUGCUGGUGGAGGGGCCAAACGCCGUUUAGACACUGGAGACGGCGAUGCUCAGGCCAUGGAGCAUUAGUUUGUAAUCGCCAGAAACUCGCACAUUCUAUCAUCAUUUACUGAAUAACAGAAAUAAAUAUGUUUACAAAAGCACUGUAUCUUAAA